AUGCUUUUAAAACCGAAUCUUAAAUUCCUGACACUCCUGGCCAGCAGCAACGUGCUAGCCAACCAAUGUUGCUCGGCGAACAGCGAAGCCCCAAAGGAGAAUUUCCAUGAAUCCUGUUCCGGCCCGUCCAGCGGGACGGGAGUCGUCGCUGGAUAUGACUUUGACUACAUGUGCAACAAGCACCCCAGCACGUAUGAACCAGGCCAAAGGGGAUUCAAAACGGCACAGACAUGUGCCGAGCAUCGUGCUACAGACCCCCAAUGCAAGGCCAGUGUAUGGAGAGCUUCGAGCAAGCUUUCUGCUAAGGUUACUACGGAAUCCUAUGACGCCGUUAUCGGUGACGGAUGGCUCUUUCUCGAGAAGAAUGAGAGAUCCGACAAACUGUCGGACGAUUGCCAGGGACAAAUCGAUUCUGUCACCAAAGAAUGCAAAGAGAGAGAGGCUAAACGCCAGGAGGAGAAUGAAGCCUGUGGUGAAAAGAUCAUCAGAUGCGAGUCGGAGAAAUUGCGAAGCGAGAAGAGCCUGGAUGAGUGCCAGUCUAGCAAGGAUACCCUGUUGCAGGACAACAGGAACUCCCCUGAGAAGGCCAUGCAGUGUGAAUCCAAAAAGACGGUAUUAGAAAGCCAGCUGGACCAUUGUCAGAAGGACCAGACUACAGAAACCACCAAGUGCAAUGAUAAAAUUCAACAAAGCGAGGCGGAGAAGAGAUCAGCUGCCAACCAAUUGGGCAUACGACAGUCUACUAUUGAUCGAAUUUUGUCCUCUCCAAGGAUGGAGAGUUUUAUCUCCGACUUGAAAGCGUUAACAGUUUUUGUCCUUGAUGAUUAUUCACUGGAAGCCAGUAAGCAAGAGGUGAGAACAUUCACUUCUCGGUAUGAGCUUGAUUUCGAGCUUUGGGGUCACGAUAGUAAGUAUUAUUCUGGUUUGUCGGAGACGGAGGGCCGAGCGAUAUGGGUAGAUAAAUCGGCUUCACUUCUGGACAGAGCUCGGGGAUGGGAGUCUGAGCCUGCGUGUUAUCUCAGUAAUAAAUGGUAG